GUGUCCAGCCUCUGGUUCUUGCCAAAUAAAAAAAAAAAAUCCCUGUAAACCUCUUUGAGAGACCUUUAGUGCCUGAACCACCUGCCAACAUCGAAAUCAGAAAAUCCCUCUCCCCCCUCCCCAACCAUGUCUGUCUCUCUCUUGUGCUCUGUUUUUUCUUUUUUUUUUUCACUCGGCAAGAAUUCACAUGGACCCCCUGGCUCUAGAGCAUUCAUCACUUGCUUGGAGCUUUCAGGAAAGUUUGUAAACUGCAGUCCUGGAGUACAACUGAAGCAGUACAGGAGCUGAUGGGACAGACAGUGACCCAGGAGGGACCUAUCAAGCCCAGCUGACUGUGCUGCUUGACUUUAGCCAGCCUGUAACAGCCUCUGGAGUAACAGGAUCCUAGUGAUUAUGUUCUCUUUGCUGAAAAGAGGAGAUUGUUCUGCAUUCCUCACUCUCUCCCUGUUUGGGCUGCUGGGGCUGCUCCUGGAUGUUACCCAUGGGAUACCGGCGGAAGACGAGGAUUACUACCUGCAGGAAAUUCUCAACAGGGAGCACUUUUACUCUGACCCGGGUCCCGAUGAUUCUGUGCCCUACACUGAAACGCCCGUGGAGGCUGAGCCAGGAGGGGAGAACCGCCGCACUUCCAAAAUCAGCAAGAAGGAACAGAACGGGAAAAAAGAGAAAGAGAAGCAAACAGAUAAAGCCGCUGCUGAGACCAGAUCAGCAAAAAAGGUUGAGAAGAACAAAAAAGGAAGCUGGAAAACUCCAAAUGGCAGCAAUGAAGGAGAAGGGAACUAUGAGUCUGUCAGAGAGCAAUGUCCUCCAAUGGGACUGGAGACCCUGAAAAUUGAUGACUUCCAGCUGCAUGCGUCCACAAUCAAACGGUAUGGCCUGGGAGCACACAGAGGACGCCUGAACAUCCAGGCUGGUAUCUAUGAAGAUGAUUUCUAUGAUGGGGCAUGGUGUGCUGGAAGAAAUGACCCUCUACAGUGGUUUGAGGUUGAUGCUAGAAGGUUAACAAAAUUCACUGGAGUCAUCACACAAGGCAGGAACUCCUUGUGGUUAAGCGAUUGGGUGACAUCAUAUAAAGUAAUGGUGAGCAAUGACAGCCACUCGUGGGUAACAAUUAAAAAUGGAACACAGGACAUGAUCUUCGUGGGGAACCAUGAGAAGGAAAUUCCAGUGCUUAAUGAAUUUCCAGUUGCUGUGAUCGCCCGCUACAUUCGUGUGAAUCCACGCUCUUGGUAUGAAAAUGGCAGCAUCUGCAUGAGAGUGGAGAUUUUAGGCUGCCCAAUGCCAGACCCCAACAAUUAUUACCACAGACGGAAUGAGAUCACAACAACAGACAAUCUGGACUUCAAACACCACAGCUACAAAGAGAUGAGGCAGCUAAUGAAGGUGGUAAAUGAAAUGUGUCCAAACAUCACAAGAAUUUACAACAUCGGCAAAAGCCACAAUGGACUGAAACUCUACGCUAUUGAGAUCUCAGACAAACCUGGGGAGCAUGAAAUUGGUGAGCCAGAGUUCCGCUACACUGCUGGUUCCCAUGGCAACGAGGUGCUUGGCCGGGAGCUUCUGCUGCUGCUGAUGCAGUUCAUGUGCCAGGAGUACCUGGCUGGUAACUCACGGAUACGGCACCUGGUCGAAGAGACCAGAAUCCACCUGCUGCCUUCUGUUAACCCUGAUGGCUAUGAAAAGGCCUUUGAAGUGGGUUCCGAGUUAGGAGGAUGGUCCUUGGGUCGCUGGAGUCAAGAUGGCCUUGACAUCCAUCACAACUUCCCAGACCUUAAUUCUAUCCUAUGGGAAGCAGAAACCAGGAAGUUAGUUCCCAGAAGAAUCUCCAAUCAUCACAUACCCAUCCCAGAAUGGUAUCUGUCUGAAAAUGCUACUGUGGCCAUGGAAAGCCGCGCGGUGAUCGCCUGGAUGGAGAAGAUACCCUUCGUUCUUGGUGGGAAUCUGCAGGGGGGAGAGCUGGUGGUAACUUUCCCCUAUGACAUGGCGCGGUCUCAGCACAAGACCCAGGAGCAAACCCCCACGCCCGACGACCCAGUCUUCCGUUGGCUGGCGUUCUCUUAUGCCUCCACUCACCGCCUCAUGACCGAUGCCAGCCGACGAGUCUGCCACACCCAGGAUUUCGCCAAGGAGGACGGGACCAUCAAUGGAGCAUCAUGGCACACUGUGGCCGGGAGUAUGAAUGAUUUCAGCUACUUGCACACCAACUGCUUUGAACUGUCGAUGUACGUGGGCUGUGACAAAUUCCCUCAUGAGAGUGAGCUGCCAGAAGAGUGGGAGAACAAUCGCGAGUCGCUGCUUGUGUUUAUGGAGCAGGUCCACCGUGGGAUCAAAGGAAUAGUGAGAGAUGCUCAAGGUAGAGGCAUAGCUAAUGCUAUCAUAUCUGUGGAAGGAAUCAACCACGAUAUUCAGACAGCUGCCGAUGGGGAUUAUUGGCGCCUACUCAACCCUGGGGAGUACAAGGUGACUGCUAGGGCAGAGGGCUACACCCCAACCAGCAAAGUGUGUGAGGUGGACUACGACAUGGGUGCCACCGAGUGCGACUUCACCUUGAACCGCACCAACCUCUCGCGCAUCAAGGAGAUCAUGGAGAAGUUCGGCAAGCAGCCCAUCCCCAUCCCCGCCAGGUCACACCGCCAGAGGGUUCGGCAGAGACGCCGGCAGACAUAGGAAAACGUUUACUUUACGUGAACCAUGAAUAAUUUAAGACUGGCAAAUAAAAAGGAAGGGGGUGUCAGUAAAGAAAGAGUUAAAUUGCCAUGUGGAGAACAUUUACGUACAGUAGUCCUUCAAAUGCCAGUGUAACUCUUGCUCACCAAUCACUUCCACCAGGUUACAGAUGACACAGAAAGUUCUCCUGUGUGAUGUGUCCUUAAAAAUGUGGUAUACAGUACCUUUUAGUAAGCUAAGGUAAAUGGUGGUGUGUGACCUGGGGUAUAGGAUGUUACUAAUUUGAAACUAUUAGUACAAUUUAAAAUAAAGUACAACAAACCACAGGAAGAUCUGCAUUUCCCACCAAUAAGGGUCAGUAGUUGUGGGCAUUCUGAAUGGUGCAUUUAAAGGGAAUAGGUGUGCUUUCAGUAAUGACUAUUGAUUAAAAAAGGUUGACUUUAGUACAAUGUUUUCUGAGUAUAUGAACAUUUUAAUUGUAUAGGCUUCAAUUUAUAUGCUUUUGCUCAAAACUACAAAAAUGUUAUCCAUUACAGGGCAUUAAGUAUCUUUCUGCAGCUUAUAUGACAAUUCACACAAUAUUUGUAUGUGUUCUUAAUAAGUGUGUAAGAAAAUACAUAAUAUGCUUUAACAUGUUUACUGUUGAACUCCUAAACAAUUCCUUUGGCCAGAAACAGACAGAACACUUUACUGUGACAUUUCAUUACAUGUUAGAUUCCUUCCCAUUUUUCCAGAAUUAGUUCACAUUAUGUAAAAAUAUUUACAGUUUGUACCAGGAUCUCUUUUUGAUGAGGGGGGGAGUGAUUGGACGGCUGUUUUUCAUUCCAUUCUCUUGACUGUGUAACCAAUAUCAUUAUUCACUUGAUUAUUUAUACCAGUCUUUAACUUUCUUCCAAGGUAAAAGGCUAUCAAUGGCUUAAACACACCUACAGUAAGUGCAAGUUAAACCUGCCACUGGCAAAUUAUAAACCCAGUAUUUGGUGCUGUGUUUCCACUGAAUGCAAUCAACAUGUCUAUGUGAGUCAGAAAGCUGUCUACAAUAACUGAUUUUUGGAAUUUAGAAUUUGUACAUGGGUCAUGUUUUAACCUUAUCUAUCUAUUGUGACUGCUAACCUCAAGGCCAACAGCUGUGCCCACCAGCUGUGCCCACCUGACCUGGAUCUAUUGCCAUAGAACAAGAAACAGACAAUCGGAUCAGAAUCAUUAAACUACUCAGACCUUCCACAUUCUGUCUAUCACAUGCCAUCCAUAAAAACUAUUUUAAGACCUCAUUUGCUAAACAAUUGUUCAGAAUAAUUAUUUUGCCCCAGUCUUAAUCAGAUAGCCAUUACAUAAAAAUACCUAUAAAAGCUGCAGUGAAACUGGGUUGAUCAUUGCUGUUACAAUAAUGUUUAGGCCAGAUACUCCAUGUUGCUAUUUAUUUCAUGGAGUUUAUAAUGAAACUUUGGGAGGGAUGACAACAGCCAAGUUCAAUCUGACUCAGCUGUCAGUAAUACACAAUUAGUCCUGACAUUUCCUCACAUCUCUCAUCCUAGCGUUAAUCACACAUCAGCAGGGUCUGCUUGCCGGCACACCUGUCUCCAUUUGGUGGUUUGAACCAAAUCUUUGAGCUGACAUUGCCAUUAACUGCGACCGAGAAAUACCGGCGCGU